AUGGAGGUGUCAACUGCAAAAGUGAUAUCUAUGCUGGCCUUGGGGCUUGGGAGUUUUUGUGCUGGUAUGGCACCAUUGUGUAUUUCAGAAAGAUCGAGACAGCGGCAUCCCCUUCUUAUUUCUUGUCUGCUCUGUUUUGGAGGUGGUGUUCUACUAUCCACGUCGCUCACCCACAUUCUGCCGGAAUCCCGAGAAAUGCUAGGAAAAUAUUCAGAACUUGGGUUUUGUGUUGGUUUCUUUCUGGUUUAUUUUGUAGAUGAAAUGGUUCAUUUCUUUUACGGCGCACAUCACACCAGCCAAAGAGAGAGAACUAGUUAUGGGACGGAGGAAUCUCGUCUUUUAAGGGAUGAUGAGAUGAGAGAACGAUGUGGUGGUGCUGAAAAUCCACGUAUGUGUCAUGUUAGCCAUAAUGCACCUUGUAACAGGAGUUAUUCGGGGGUCAUAGGUUUAUUAUGUGCGUUGCUUGUGCACAGUUUUUUGGAAGGACUCGCUAUUGGCCUGCAAGAAACAGCAUCGCAGGUCCUUCUUCUUUUAGCAGCAGUGGCCUGUCAUAAAUUUGUGGUGGGUUUUUGUCUUGGGGCUGAAUUAUGCGCGAGUGGAAGAAGCCUUAGCGCUCACAUAGUGUCAAUUCUGCUCUUCAGUGGGGGUUCAGUUGCAGGCAUUGGGUUAGGUGCCGGAAUCGAUGUUAUAAGCCAGCUGAAGAAUUCAGUUGCUGUGUCCAUCAUGCAGGCAUUAGCUGCUGGAACGCUUCUGUAUGUAACCGUGAGUGAAGUUCUUCCAAGGGAAAGAGCCCGCUGGCAUGAACAAAAACGUUCAGCGGGAGUUGCGCAGUUCUUCGCUGUGGUAACAGGGUUUGCUGUCAUGUAUCUUUCUACCAUGUACCUAGAUCAUGAUGCAGAUUAA